GGGCCCACAAGAGACCAGCUCAAGGAUCCCAAGACCCAACUCCCCGAACCACUCAGGGUCCUGUGGACAGCUCACCUAGCUGCAAUGGCUCCAGGCUCCCGGACGUCACUGCUCCUGGCUUUUGGCCUGCUCUGCCUGCCCUGGCUUCAAGAGGGCAGUGCCUUCCCAACCAUUCCCUUAUCCAGGCUUUUUGACAAUGCUAUGCUCCGCGCCCAUCGCCUGCACCAGCUGGCCUUUGACACCUACCAGGAGUUUAACCCCCAGACCUCCCUCUGCUUCUCAGAGUCUAUUCCGACACCCUCCAACAGGGAGGAAACGCAACAGAAAUCCAACCUAGAGCUGCUCCGCAUCUCCCUGCUGCUCAUCCAGUCGUGGCUGGAGCCCGUGCAGUUCCUCAGGAGCGUCUUCGCCAACAGCCUGGUGUAUGGCGCCUCAGACAGCAACGUCUAUGACCUCCUAAAGGACCUAGAGGAAGGCAUCCAAACGCUGAUGGAGAGGCUGGAAGAUGGCAGCCCCCGGACUGGGCAGAUCUUCAAGCAGACCUACAGCAAGUUCGACACAAACUCACACAACGAUGACGCACUGCUCAAGAACUACGGGCUGCUCUACUGCUUCAGGAAGGACAUGGACAAGGUCGAGACAUUCCUGCGCAUCGUGCAGUGCCGCUCUGUGGAGGGCAGCUGUGGCUUCUAGUUGCCCGCGUGGCAUCCUGUGACCCCUCCCCAGUGCCUCUCCUGGCCCUGGAAGUUGCCACUCCAGUGCCCACCAGCCUUGUCCUAAUAAAAUUAAGUUGCAUCA